CGCGGAAGAAGCUGGGAGAGGCCUCCGCUCCCUGCGCCAUGCUCUGAGCCCGGUGCCGGCCGGGAUGGCGGGCGGCGGAGCCCCGCGGGGGACGCGGCGCUGAGCGGCGGCUCGGCCGUGUUGAGAUCUGCUUUUCCGUGUGAGUGUGCUGUGGCUGGAGACAACAUUUAACAAUGAGUGGUGCAGCACUGGGCCUCGAGAUAGUGUUUGUCUUUUUCCUGGCCUUAUUCCUACUUCACCGGUAUGGAGACUUCAAGAAACAGCAUAGGCUGGUGAUUGUGGCAACAUUAUUGGCAUGGUAUCUCUGCUUUCUGAUUGUAUUCAUACUGCCUCUGGAUGUCAGUACGACUAUUUAUAAUCGAUGCAAACUUGCGGUUAACUCCAGUCCUGCAGAAGGUAAUGGCUCUUACGUUACUCUUGCUCCAAGCAAGCAAAAAUGUUUCAAGCCCUGGAGUUAUAUUCCUGAUGGAAUUAUGCCAAUUUUCUGGCGUGUCGUAUAUUGGACAUCUCAGUUUUUAACAUGGAUUCUGCUACCUUUCAUGCAGUCAUAUGCUAGAUCAGGAGGGUUCUCUAUCACUGGAAAGAUUAAAACUGCUUUGAUUGAAAAUGCCAUCUAUUAUGGCACUUACUUGCUGAUUUUUGGAGCAUUUCUGAUAUAUGUGGCUGUAAACCCAAACUUCAAUUUACAAUGGAACCAGCUUCAGACUAUUGGAAUAGCUGCUGCAAACACAUGGGGUCUGUUCCUUCUUGUGUUGCUUUUGGGUUAUGGUUUGGUGGAAAUCCCUCGUUCUCACUGGAAUGGGGCCAAGAGGGGUUAUCUGCUCAUGAAGACUUAUUUCAAAGCUGCCAAACUGAUGACUGAAAAAGCAGAUGCAGAAGAGAAUUUAGAGGAUAUAAUGGAGGAAGUCCGUAAAGUAAGUGAGAGUAUCAAAUAUAACCACCCCUUGAGGAAAUGUGUUGAUACAAUACUGAAAAAGUGCCCUACUGAGUACCAGGAAAGAAUGGGUAGGAACAUGGAUGAUUAUGAAGAUUUUGAUGAAAGACAGAACAGUUAUCCCAGUGAAAAAAGUUUGGCCAAACUUCACAAGCAGGUCAUCUAUUCAGUGCAGAGACAUCGUCGUACACAGGUCCAGUGGCAAAUUCUUUUAGAGCAAGCAUUUUACCUGGAAGACGUAGCAAAAAAUGAAAGCAGUGCUACUCGACAGUUUGUUCAUACCUUUCAUUCCCAGGAACCGGAAAAUAAAAUUAUUCAGUAUUUCUACACACCAACGGUUGAGUGGUACUGGGAAUGCCUUCUCCGACCGUGGUUUUACAGAGUGCUUGCAGUUGUGCUGGCCACGUUCUCUGUAAUUGUUGUGUGGUCAGAGUGCACAUUUUUCAGCACAAAACCAGUUCUGUCCCUAUUUGCGGUUUUCAUACAGCUGGCAGAAAAGACAUACAAUUAUAUAUACAUAGAGAUGGCCUGUUUUCUUACCAUCUUUUUCCUAAGUAUCUGUGUUUACUCUACUGUCUUCAGGAUCCGUGUAUUUAACUAUUAUUACUUAGCUUCACAUCAUCAGACAGAUGCAUACAGUCUCCUUUUCAGUGGCAUGUUAUUUUGCCGUCUUACUCCACCAUUGUGCUUGAACUUUCUUGGCUUGACCCAUAUGGAUGCAACAAUCUCUCACAAAAACACUCAACCAACUGCUUACACAUCUAUAAUGGGAUCCAUGAGAGUGCUGUCCUUCAUUGCAGAUGGAUUCUAUAUAUAUUACCCAAUGCUUGUUGUCAUUCUCUGUAUUGCUACAUACUUCAGUUUAGGAACUCGUUGUUUGAAUCUUUUGGGAUUCCAGCAGUUCAUGGGUGAUAGUGAAAUGACCUCUGAUUUGAUUGAUGAAGGAAAAGAGCUAAUCAGAAGAGAGAAAAGAAAACGACAGCGGCAGGAAGAAGGUGAAAACAGAAGAAGGGAAUGGAAGGAGCGGUAUGGAAAUAGAGAUGAUUCUACCAGAAGCAGAGCUGUCCACACAGACCAGAAAGAAUCCAGCUUUUCAGAGACCAAUGCCAAUAGACCUCCAGUUGGGAUCGAAGAUUCUGGGUGCUCUUCAGACCUAUUGCUUGGUCUUAUGGAAUAUAUAAUGAUUGCCAUUAGAGUAGCAGUUGUCAACAAAGAAACUUCAUGAUACAUCUUGAUGUUGGGUGUUGUAAAUCUUAAAAUUUACCUCUUCUGCAAAUUAACUAUCUCAGACUGGAAUAAUGAAGCAAUCAGAUGACCAACGAAUGUAACAUCACAUAAGUGUAUAUACUUUAAUUUAGUAAUGUCUAUUAGCAAAAUAAUUUUUUGUGGAUGCUUUAAACUUACAAAAAGUUUGUCAGAAUGUAGAUGUUUUUUUCUGUAUUUUUUGUGCUCUUGUAAGCUAACAACAAGUAAGAAGAAACUAAAGAAAAAGGAGGAAAUAGGGGAGGAGGAGGGAAGCUUUGAAUAUGCAUUUAAAAAAAGUAGAUUUCUCCCUCCUCUGUACAAAGUUGAAAACACAGAUUUUUAGUGGUAGACUAACUGAAUCUACAUUUUAAUGCUCAUCAUGUGAUUAUGUAGCACUCUAAAACAAACCAUAGGUACUGACCUAGUGAAGGUCACAGAGUGAGCUGCAAAACAACAGUUUCAUUAAUUUAUGACACUGAUUUUUUUAAAAAAAACAAACAAGAGCAAACAAAAAGCCCUCCAAACAGUUUAGUUAAAGCAGGAACCUGGAAGGAUGAAUGGGUAAUUUAAAAGUAAUGCUUGCCUGUAGUUAGUAAUUUUUCUUGAUUCUUUGCAAGGUAGAUCACAACCAUUUUGAGGGGCAAAAGUUGUGGUUGCAUUUCUGUAGAGAUACAAAAUUCAGAUACUACAGAUUUGAGAAAGUUUGGUUUAAUAUUAAAUCUACUCUAAAUUAUAGCAUUUUUGCUUUGAAUGAGAUUGAUUUGUUAUUCUUAUGGCUUUUUAAAAUUUGAUGUCUCCAUACAUUCCAGGCUGUUCACAGAGCAAAUAAGUGUCUUUCAUU